AUGGCGGACUGCAGCUGCCACACUUCUAUCUUGCUCUUCCCUGCAGCUCUUCUUCUUCUCCUCCUCUACCUAUCUCCUCUUAAUCAACAACUCUCGACCACCUUCUUCUUUUCAUCCAUCUCUUCUGAUCACAGAAUGAACACCCUUAAUGCCUCGCAAAUACCUCUGCCCCCGUCGCCAGCUCCGGCGCCUUCUCCGGCCAAAGACUUCAUUGGGUCUGCUAUUCCUUCCUUCAGUUCUAGCACUUGCACUAGUACUGCAACUGAUACCUAUGUUAGAAAGAAGAGUAGUUUGAAUAGAGUUGAAGAGAGCCUCGCCAGAGCUCGGGCGGCAAUUCUCCAGGCAGCCCGUUCACGUAACAACACAAGACCCAAAGAGGAUGAGUUCGUCUCCAAAGGAUCAAUAUACAGAAACCCAUACGCCUUUUAUCAGAGCCACAAUGAGAUGGUGAAGAGAUUCAAGGUUUGGGUCUACAGGGAAGGAGAACCACCCCUUGUUCAUAAUGGGCCUCUAAAUAAUAUCUACUCCUCGGAGGGACAGUUCAUUGACGAGAUGGAGAGUGGCCACAGCCCAUUUGCGGCCCGCCACCCUGAUGAGGCCCAUGCAUUCUUCCUCCCCUUUAGUAUAGCCAACGCCGUCCAAUACCUUUACAAGCCCCUCACAUCCUAUGCAAGGGAUCCACUGCAACAUGUCGUCGAAGACUACAUCGGCGUUGUAUCGAAUAAAUACCCAUACUGGAACAGAAGCCAUGGGGCCGACCAUUUCAUGGUCUCCUGUCACGAUUGGGCGCCAGACGUUUCAACUGCGCAUCCUGAGCUCUUCAAACACUUCAUCAGAGUUAUUUGCAAUGCCAACAUCACUGAAGGAUUCCGGCCCGGAAUCGAUGCCGCUUUGCCGGAACUCAAUACGCCUUUCGGAACCCUUGGCCGGCCGAGCUUCGGCCAGGCUCCUAGCAAGAGGACUCUCCUUGCCUUCUUUGCCGGAGGGGCACAUGGCUACAUAAGGAAGGUACUACUGGAACACUGGAAAGACAAGGAUAAAGAUGUCCAGGUCCAUGAGUAUCUCCCAAAGGGUAUGAAUUAUGCUAAACUAAUGGGCCAAGCCAAAUUUUGCCUGUGCCCCAGUGGGUAUGAAGUUGCAAGCCCUAGAAUUGUAGAGGCAAUCCAAGCAGGCUGCAUCCCAACUAUAAUUUCAGAUGGUUAUUGGCUACCUUUCAGUGAUGUACUGGAUUGGAGCCAAUUUUCAGUGCAGAUUCCAGUUGAGAGGAUACCAGACAUUAAGAAGAUUUUGCAAGGGGUCUCUCAAAAUAGGUAUCUGCAAAUGCAGAAGAAGGUGAGGCAAGUUAGAAGGCAUUUCGUGCUCAACCGACCCGCUCAGCGGUUCGAUGUCAUCCACAUGAUUCUUCACUCAGUCUGGCUAAGGAGGCUAAACCUCAGGCUUCCAUCCUGAUUUAUAUGUUGAUUUUUUGUCUCAAGUUUGAGAAUCCAUCCUUAUGGGGAGAAUGUAAUUUGUAUAAACAAUCUUUAGGUUUGGGUAGUAGAGUGAAUUUCAUUUGCAACAGUGUAAAUAGGAGUGAAAAUAGGCUGUAAAUCCUGAUUUAUUUUUACUUCAGAUUUGACAUUGUUUUCUUUGCUUUAGGAAGUAAAAUGAAGUGUUCCAAUUUAUAUGAAAGAGAAAUGAGGCAGGAGGUAGGUUUAUUUGGGGGGAGUGGUGAGAAGCAAAUUGUUUGAGAUAUCCACUUUAUAC